AUGGUUUCUACUUCUUCCACUCCUCCCAAUCAGUGGAAGCCAUGGGAUGUUUUUAUUAGUUUUAGAGGCGAUGAUACCCGUUAUACUAUUCUCUCCCAUCUCCGUCAAGCCUUUGAGGAAAAACAAAUCAAGGUGUUUAAGGAUGAAGAGCUUCGUAAAGGAGAAGAGAUCUCAUCAGAGCUCUUGAAAAUAAUCCGAGAAUCAACACAUGGAUCUGAGCAUUUGCCUUUGAAUUCUUCUAAUAAUUUUUACAUCGAAAUUGCCUGCAUAGUUGUGGUUGCAAGUGCUACAUAUUCUGCUUCUGUUGUGGAGAGUGCAGUGCAUUCUUGCUUCUUUGUUGCCCAUGCUAUUGCUCCCUUACUGUGUAGAAAGGCAUAUCCUGUGGUGCUUCGUCUAUCCUCUAAACAUUGA